AUGUUUGUGAAGUGCUUCGGUGCCUGCAUUGCAUACGUGAUAUCAGCUAGUGACCUUGUGUCCGCUUUUCUGAAAGAUGACUCCGUGACUGGAUAUUGGGCCACAUUGAGCUGGAACCGUGUUGUCACAUGCAUCAUUUUCUUCCUAUUCAUGCUGCCACUGUCCCUUCCGAAGCGCAUCAAUUCGCUGCGAUACGUUUCACUAUGUGGUGUCACCUUUAUUGUGUACUUCGUCAUAACCAUCGUCAUUCACUGUGCCCUGCACGGCCUCGAGGAUGGGGUGCGGGAUGAUCUUGUUCUGGCCCGGAAAGGGAAUGAAGGUAUUCGGGGCCUUGGCAUGUUUAUGUUUGCAUACCUUUGCCAAAGCAACAUGUUUGAAGUAUGGAAUGAGAUGAAGCCCCGGCAAUCUGUGGGCCGCAUGACGCGUCAAGCAGCAGUCAGCAUGCUUCUUUCUACCAUUCUGUACUGGCUUGCCGGGUUCUUUGCUUACCUCGAGUUUGGUCCGGAGGUGGAGUCCUCGGUGCUGAAGAUGUACCGCCCACUGCACGAUGUCAUGAUGGCCAUUGCGUACUGUGGCAUCGUUGUAAAACUGUGUGUGGCAUUUGCACUGCACAUUCUCCCUUGUCGUGAUUCGCUGCAUCACCUCCUGCACUGGUCGUUGGAUACCGUUGCUUGGUGGAAGAACGCGGUUCUGUGUACAUUCGUGAGCUGUAUUGCGCUUAUCGCGGGCCUUUUCAUCCCCAACGUGAGCGUUGUGUUUGGGCUGCUUGGCUCGCUCACCGGCGGAUUCAUCGCGUUUGUCUUCCCAGCGCUCUUCUACAUGUAUGCUGGUGACUUCACACGGCAGAAGGUUGGAUUCUGGAUGUACGCAGGCACGUACUUCCUCCUCAUAUGCGGUGUUAUUGUCAUAUGCUUCGGAACGAUUUCCACAAUAUAUGGUGUAGCGACAUGA